UGAACUUUUAUGAUAAGGAUAACCGGUUGUUGCUCCAAUUUGUGUGGUGGGGUGUGGUAAUAAGAUUUAUGAGUGAAGUAGAGAGAGUAAAGAAUGCACGAUGCAAUUUUGAAUUCACAUUCCAGUUAGUCAAUAAGUUGAGUUUGUUGUAGAAGGUAGACCUGCUUUUUUCAAAAGUGUGGUACUUUUCAAUCAACAUAAUUAUUAUAAUCAUUUUUCAUCACGCUAUCCUAAUUAAACAUAAUUUUCAAUUAUAUUAAGUCCCUAGUAAAGUUUAGUCGAAUCUAGCACUCUUCCGUAAUCACAUAUUUUCUGCAUCAAGUACUAACUUUAUUUUAUAUCCACUCUUUCAAUCAGUUUCUUUUCUCGUCAAAUAUGUCUACUAGCAAAGGAAAGAUUGGUAUAAUUGGAAGUGGCCUGAUUGGCAGAAGUUGGUCAAUGCUUUUCGCAGCGGCUGGUUACAAUGUGACGCUGUACGACAUUCUUCCCGAACAAAUUGAAACUGCUCUGGUCGACCUCAAAGAGCAGCUCACAAAGCUUGAACAAAAGAAACUGCUACGCGGAACUCUAAAUGCGCAACAACAGUACUCACUUAUCACAGCCACAACCAACCUGGUAGACUGUGUAAAAGACGCCGUCUACAUACAGGAAUGUGUGCCCGAAAAUAUCGAGCUGAAGAAAACAGUUUUCAAAAAUUUGGACGCAGUAGUGGACUCGAAGUGUGUUCUGGCAAGUUCCACCUCCACAUUUGUUCCGUCGCUGUUUUCUGCUGACCUUGCACAUAAGGCUCAGGUCAUCGUCGCUCAUCCUGUAAAUCCUCCUUAUUACGUGCCUUUAGUUGAGAUAGUUCCAGCACCUUGGACCACUAAAGAAGUGACAGAGUUCACAAGGAAAAUCAUGGAGGACAUAGGCCAGGCACCGGUUACUCUCACUAAAGAAAUCGAAGGAUUCGCACUCAAUCGAAUUCAGUAUGCAAUUCUGAACGAAUCGUGGAAUCUAGUGAAGGAUGGUGUAUUGAGUGUGGCAGAUAUUGAUAAGGUGAUGUCAGCUGGAUUGGGAAUGAGAUACGCAUUUUUGGGACCAUUAGAAACCGCUCAUCUCAAUGCUGAAGGCAUGGAAAACUACUGUGAGCGCUACUCGAAAACUAUCUACUCGACAAGCAUGUCGUUCCAGCCGGUGCCGAAAAUGGAGGGCCCAGUUAUGAAGGAGGUGUCACGUCAGCUCAACGAGAUGACGCCUUUGGAUCAGCUGCCAGCCCGGCGGGCCUGGAGGGACAACUGUCUCACCAAACUGUCGCAACUCAAACACGAUUUGGACUCGAAAUAAACUGGAUCAAUUUACUGAGUGGCCCACGAAAGGUAUGUAAAUUUAUUGUAACUAUCAAAUAUUCUAAUCAACAUUCUACGGGGUGUCACACGAAAGGUGUAACAGCCGAAGAUCGUAGAUUCUACAUGAAAUUUGCAACAAAAAAUGUCAAAUUUUCUUAUAUCGACCUUAGUUUUCGAGAUAUAAAGAUGUU